ACCCCAGGUCAACCAAAGGGAAACACCAUUAGGCCAUAAUGGAUAACUUUCUUGUUGGAGAAAAUCCACAAGCUAGACACAAUCCACAUGCUCCCAUGUUCCCUGCUCGGGAGGUGUUUAACGAAUGGAUUUGCAUUAUCUUUGCAGAGUUCGCCAUGUUAACUUGGUUGACCAAAUUCAAUCCACUCUUUAUUGACCCACCUACAUCCAUGUUUAGCUUUCAGCAAUUAUUUUACUAUUGGCAAAGCACAGUGUUCAACCUCAUCAUAAGAUUUGAUUCCGAUACCCUUCAAAGAAUGACCGGUUUACUUACACAGGUAUUAGGCCGCAUUUUCAAUCUCCAUCCGGAACUUGAAAUGUCUGUUACACACUCUCAGGUGCGUGGCAUUUUACGCUCUUUCAAUGAUAGUCGAUUGAGUUAUGGGUUGGAUAGUGUAAUUUGGAUUUCAGAUGGUAUAAUAAGGUCAAAUAUUACCGAAGUUUGUGGUUCAAAUGUCGGUGCUGGUUUGAUUACAGUUUUUGGUCAAGAAUUAUGCAAAAUUUCCGAUUGUGAUUUGGACUAUCUUUUGGUUAUUCUCAAAAAUGAAUACCAGCUGUUCCUUCUAAACUUGCGCGAUAACCCUUCAUCGUUUGAUUUGACUUGGAUGAAUACAUAUGAUGCUAGUAAAUGGCUCGAAUCGAAGAAAGUUGAACAUAUCUUUUAUUGUUUAACUUACCUGUUUCAUUACCUCGUGCUAAUCAUAGGUUUUGUGGAAAUUUUAGAAUUGAUCGUGGGCAUCUGGGGGAUAUUUUCAACUGCUAAAUUUGCAUUUGUUAAAAAAGCAUGUUUGGGAUUGAUGAAUUCAAUAAUAUUUUCAUAUUAUGUCAAAUGGAUCUCACUGCAAGCUCCAGUUCAAGCUUUGUUAAAGGAAUAUCCAAUUGGAGUUUUGAGAUUGAGCCUCUCGUCAGUUAUUGUUCCCAACAUUGUUUUGGUAGUAUCCACUUGGUACAUUUUUCGUAGUGAAUCUAAGAAAUUGCAAUUGUUUCAAAACCUGAACGAGAAAACUAUACAAGUUUGGGGUUUUUAUGCAUUUUUGUAUUGCUUAGUGGUUCCUUCUCUCUGUAUAUUGCUUUAAAUGAAUGUGCGUUCAG